AUGUCGUCGACUCUCUCUGCGGCCGACGAAGACCAGAUCUUCGAACGUCUGCAGCAGCGCAAGGACCCGAAGGUGCUGGAAGAGCAGCAGCAAGCGAUCAAUGAGCGGACGCAAGCCAUACUUCAAAAGGCCCAGGCUCGCCUUGGAGAGCUGCUGGACCAAAACUCGACCCUGCCAUGCGCUGUAUCAUCCGUUCAGGUGCUGAAUGCGCCUCACACCCGCCGAGGCUUCCUUGAGAAGAUCGUGAGCCCUCUGCUCAGCGAGAACAAGGACAAGCCCUAUACUCUUUCCGAGGCACUGCGGGAGAUUUCGCAGACUGCUGACAAGCUGAGCCGAUUUGACCUGUUCCAACAACCGAUUGCCAUUCACCUCGACGAGUCUCGCACCGACCUCAGUGGACUACGAACCAUCGAUGUGCUUCUGGCUACGAAAGAAAAGUCGCGGGUACUGUUGAAGACGGGCACUGAUCUCGGAAAUGCCGAAGGCUCAGCCUACGGUAACUUGCUGUGGCGGAAUGUGUUUGGCGGCGCCGAGACGUUGAACUUGAAUGCUUCGUUGGGUACACGCACUCGAUCCGCCUAUCAAGCUGCGUUUGAGACCCCAAUCCUGUGCGACCCAGACUUCCGCCUUGAGGUUGGAGCUAUCGCGAGUGCCACGCAAAAAUCCUGGUCUAGCCACGAGGAGGUUCUGAAGGGUGGAUGGAGCAAGCUUCGGUGGCUGUCAAGGAGUGGCCAUCGUCACGAAUUAGGCUACAAUGGAUUCUGGAGACAAGUCACCGGCCUGGCAGAGAACGCCUCUCCCGUCGUGCGAGCCGAUGCUGGCGACAGUGUCAAAAGCAGCAUCUUCCACAGUUGGGUCAACGACCAGCGCGACCACCCCAUGUUGCCUUCUCGUGGAUACUACGCCAAGGUGUUCAAUGAGGUUGCCGGCUGGGGUCCCUUGAAGGGCGAUGUUUCCUUCUGGAAAUCCGAAGUGGAGACGCAAGGUGCCCUGCCUAUUCCUAUCCCCGGUGUUCAGGGUGAUAGCGGAGUUAGCCUGACCACGAGCUUCCGUGCCGGUCUCCUUGUUCCCUUGGGCCUGGGAUCUGAUUCACGUCCUCAACUUUCGCGCAUCAACGAUCGUUUCUUCCUCGGUGGUCCCACCGAUGUCCGUGGCUUCCGACUAUGUGGCUUGGGUCCCCGCGAGGGCGUGGAUGCUUUGGGCGGGGAUGUCUAUGCCGCCGCCAGCACCAACUUACUCUUCCCUCUUCCUCGCGUCGGUGCUGAUAAGCCCCUGCGCAUGCAGCUCUUCGUGAACGGUGGCCGUCUUUUGCCUCUACGCACAUCACAAAAGGCUUCUCCUACUACCAGCGGUGAGGUGCAGGAUGCCGUUAUGACGACCGUGUCCGAUCUUCAGACUGGACUGCCCAGCAUUGCUGCCGGCGUGGGUAUCGUCUACGCUCACCCUGUCGCUCGCUUCGAGCUGAACUUUUCUCUUCCGUUGGUGUUGCGCAAGGGUGAGGAGGGCCGCAAGGGCUUGCAAUUGGGAAUUGGCAUCAACUUUUUGUAA